CAUUGACACUUGCCCCGUGCUUCGUACCAGGGACAUCAGCAAAAGAACAAGGCCAUACUCGGCGACACGCGACUUCAUUCGGAACGGGCACUGAGAGCAAGACGCGAGAACAGCAUCACUUUUACAACCGCCGCCUACACGCGACAUGGACACCGUUGCGCUGCAUGUGCAGAAUGAGGUCGCCCUGGACGGUGAAUCAGGUUCCAGCUGGGGCCGAUUUUGGUACAUUGUGGACGAGUUUUUACAACGGGAUGCGAACGCAAACACGGCAACGGAUACCACAGCCAGGCACUCGCAGAUGAAGAGGACAGACGAAAAGUUCAGGCAGUUUUUCUGGCGAAACUUUAUGCAGGAGGAUGGUGUGUUCUUCUAUAUCCACAACAAAGACCCUGAUGGCGCCUCGGAUCAGACAUCGAAGGCCGCUUCUCGACAGGCAUCCGACCACUCGAAAGCCUCAUAUAUCCCAUUCAACGAGUUGACAGCAGUGGACCCCUCUGAGAUCUCGUACGAAAGCGUGUUGGAAGAGUACCAGGACACGCUCCGGAUCGUCGCAAGCGCGGAGCAGCAGCGAUACGUUCUUCUGGGAUAUUCUGGAGCUGUCACCCAGAUCUCGAGCCAAACUCUCCAGGUUUUACAGACCGUUACCGCCACUCGGGAAGUCGGCACCACGCAGGCGCAACUCGCACGGAUGCUCAAAAUCGAUCCCAGGAGCAUGUUCCACUUUCUCAAAGUUCUUCUGGAGAUGAAACUCAUCGUAAAGAUCCCGGUCACAACAGAUGGUCAAUACACGCUUCUCUGUCUCCAUGUGAAGUUCGCGUCCCUCAACCCCGGAUACAAGGCCAUGAACUCUGAAGAGAACUAUUCAAGUGCCGGACGUUUGGUUGUCCAGGAUGACGGUGGUCGACGGUUCGAGGGACUGCUCAGGUCUGAUACGAAAAAGGUCAGCUACUACAGCGGACUGAUCAAGCAGAAGCUGACGCACAUUCUUGCGCGCUCCAAGAAUCAGAUCAUGAUGGUCGAGGACCUUGCAAAGGCACUGGACUUGUCCGACAUGAAUGUGGUCCAGAACAGGUGGUUCAACAGACAGAUCGAGUUGCUCUGCAAGCUCAAAUACAUCAAGCGUGUCCAUGCACCUGGGUACUACAGAUGUGUCCAGCUUUUGCGCCUUUACGGAGCAGAUACCCCAGUCGAUGAGGGUGAAGCCGUUCAACUCAACUUGAAAAGCGUUAUCGCGGACGAUAUUCCUCAAAGUGGCAUAUGCAUUGACACAUCAAUAGAACAUCAGGUCUACAAACAUGUCCUGGAGGCGAAGGAGCAAGGCACGAUUGCCAAAGAAAUUCGACGCAAGAUGAACAUGUUGAACGCCAAACUGUUGGCUCGCAUUCUGGAUACACUCAGCAAACCGGUGCCUGGAUCGGAUAAACCUCUUGUCAACCGCGUUGUGGAGUUUGUGGGUAGGGAGCGCCGUUACCGCUACUAUUCGGAACAGGGCUUCAAGACGAGUGUCGUCGAUGACCACAAGGAUUAUAUUGAGAUGGCCAAGACAGCUCCUUUGGCGCGCUCGGGACGGAAAUCAAAGCAGAGCCAGGCGCCUACUUCGAGUGAUACAUUGGCCGCUGAAACUACAGUUCCUUCAGGGCUCUCGCAAGGGAACGCGUCCGCUAUUUCUGGCACUGCAGGAUCGCCCGAUGCAAAUGCCGAGUCGAAUGCCGCCUCGUCCGACGCAGCAGGUGGUGCAGAGCCGGAAGCCAUAGGUGCAAACGCAUCUGGGCAAGACUCCUCAGCGACCAAUGGAGCUCGGCUACAGAUUUCAGAACCGGCCCAGCCCCCGGCUCCGGAGCGAUUCAUCUCGGUGGCACUCAUCAAGCGACGAAGGAUCCUUCUCUCCAUCCUGGAGCGCAGGCGGAUAGUCGAAUUCCAGUCAGCACUUGUGCAGGAGUACCAACAGGAAAAAGCUCGGCUUUACCCAGCAGAGAAGGAGUCCGGCGUGAUUGACAGGAAGACACUCUAUCGCACCAUCAGUAUCUUGGAGGCGGAGGGUCUUCUGAAGGUUUUCAAGGUCCAUAACAUCCCCAUGGUUGGAGGCGGUACAAUGACAAAGACCUUCUGCCUUCAUCACACGGUCGAUUCAGAAUCAGAAGAAGUCAAGACGUUUGUGCAGGAGUGCAGCGAUCGACACUUCCUGUUCGGAGCACUUGCACACAAGUCUCUUCCAAAGGCUGAAACAGUGGAUCUUGAGGCGGAGACGCUGGACGAGAUGGAACAGCGUCUUGGGCAGGACUUUUUCAAGAGCCCAUCCGUUCCGCUGGCCUCAGUGGAUGCCUACAGGGCCAGGGAUGCACUAAAACAGAUGCCCAAGCUCCUCGUUCGCGGAGGAAACGAGACUGAGGGGCAGGCAGCAGCGGCAGAGUAUGGUUGGAACAGAGCCAAGAUGAUGAGGGCGCUCGCUUUUCACCGGUUCUUGUUGGAUCGACUCGGCUCAGCGGACAGGAAUGUGUUUCCAUAUCCUUCCUAUCCCAACGUUUUGAUGGCCUCCUCCUUGUUUGAGGUGAUGCCUCUGCGAGUGUUCUUGAUCGUCGUCGGUAUAAUACAGCUCCCUGAGGGCGAAAACAGGAUCUACCUGGACGCAAACCGGACGUCGAACAUCCCGCUGCACAGCGUGCCAGAGCACAUGAGAGGAAUAGUGGCUCCCAACUACCACUUCAAGAAGCGGCUCCGAGAAGUGCUGGAAGUGUUGGACGCCCUUGGAUUGGUAUCACCACUUGAUAGGGCACCCGGCACGCCUGACAACCCGGCGCUGAUCAACUACGCAACAAACCAUUUGGUUCUCAAUACGCACUACGAGCUGCAUGUCAAUGUCAGGGCACCACUGAAUCCGAUCGUGCCUGAGAAGUUGGAGGAGAACCUUACGGAUCGGAAACAGUACAUGCUUUUGUCCGUCAAGGAAUGCAAGGACUUUUGGAUGGAUCUUCAGUCGAGCGCGUCGAGCAUGAAGUAUAUCCCCUCGGAGAGAACAACUGGGCGGCCCUGGAGCGAGAUUCGACAAAUCUUUUUGCUCAAUCUGUGCAAUAGGCGACUUUGGGCGGACCCGAUCCGUAUUACGCACGCACAGCGGGAAAAGCUCAUGGUUCUGGUCAACAAGAAAAUGCGGUAUAUUCCACCGGCACACGACCCAAAGAUGGAUCAGAUGGCAAAGGAGACAGGUCUCCCGAGGGACCACGUCGUCCAUUUUUACAAGGCCAUCAAGGCUGCCUGGCAUGCCAACCCUAUCGCAGCGCCUACGGCGAAAUCACGCUUGCCUCGAGUGGGCAGGAACCAACGGACGCUUACCAAGAACGAGGAGGAACUUCCUUCGGAUUCGCACGCGGACUCUGCAACGACAUCAGCAACACCGCCAGCCCAAGAGAGCACCAUUUCUACAGCGCCUGCGACAGACAUCUCUUCCCACGAACAGGCCGUACAAAACCCAGAAAAUUCCCUCAGGGAACUAGGAGGGAAAUACAGUGUGGGGAGACCCAAGCGGACACGGAAUAAGAAGGUCCUCUGGACGGAUGCGGACGAUGAACGGCUGUUGCUCACCUAUGCUGUUUUGCGUUGCUUUGCGGAUACGUUCAAUGUCAAAUUCAGCUGGUUUGCAGUUGCGAAGGCUUUUCAUGGGAAGCGAGACCGAGAGAUUUGUCGCCAUCGAUUUGACAAGCUGAUGAGGGAAACGACGCUUUCGAAGCGGGUGGAGAGCUACCGGGCGCAGUUUACGCAUGUCAUGCCUCAUUACACGGAGAAGUAUGAAAUCGAUCGCAACCUCAAGACGUUUGAUCCGAGUGCCAUUCUCGACGACUUUCGACCAGGCCUUGACCUGCCCGUCGGCGAGACAGCAGACCAGACACCGUUGUUGAGUAGCGUGGAGGAUAUCGAGUCGAUGAAUGUUGUGACACAUCUUGACCCAUAUUCAGGACUGUACGUUGAAGAUCGAUUGCACCCUGACCUAUCUCUGCCAAGGCGAAUGCAGCUGCUGCAUCAGAUGCCCCCCACACUCCGAUCGAUGGUCAGUCAAGAGCUGGACGAGUGGCCAGAGGACCUAGGGGACGCACGGGUGAUUACUGAGGAUACGAUAGUUCACAGUAACCACAAGAGCACACUGGGACCAUUAAUUGUACGGGACGAAAAAUUGGCGAUGGAGCACCUUAUUCUGGCGCUCGUGAAGGCGAUCUACUGUCUGCCGCGGCAUAAGCGACGUCGAGGGAUGAUUAGGGCGAUCUUGGAGGGAUUCCCACAGAGUACAGUGUUCAACACGUGUGAUCUGGCCAAGGAAUGGAAGAUCCUCUCAGCGAUCAGGAGCUCGUCGUUCCGGAUUCCUGGGCAAAAAGUAGGCGGAUCCGAGCGCUUUAUCACGCUCCUGAAUGGCGCUUAUCCUCGUCGACUAACGGCGGCGAGUUCAGGAGUGGAUGAGAUGUAUGCGGGGGCGCAGGAGCGGACGUUUCAGAUGGACACGGGUGCAGCGGAGAUGAUGGUUCUGUUGACGGAUUUGUGUAUGGGUUCGGUGGAACUUUCGAUGGCAUUCGAGGACGGGGAUGGACUGGCACCGGCGUUUGAGGAGCCGUAUGGGCAAGGUGUGUUGCUUCAUUUCAAUGUGGUUCUGAAGAACACGAGGGCGUUGUGUCAGCCUGUGCCGUUACCUGCUUCGGCGAGGGUACAAGAAUUCCGUAAGAAGCAGGAGGAGGAGGAGAAGGGGCUGAAUAGGGUCAAUGGCGAUGUUGCAAAGAAGGAGUCGGCAGUGAAAGAGAAAGAGGUGGUGGACGUCUGGCAGAAGGCAAUUAGUCGGACAGAGGAAGAGUUUGUAAAGAUCUGCGAGAGCAUGGCGGAUAUGGAUGCGGCUCGUGGUCGACUGUAUGAGUCUGUAUAUGAUAUUAUCUCCCGGUCCUGCACCUCUGGCAUGUUGCCCCAAGACAUCAAAAAUGCGUUGCGAGGAGGAGAUGUUUCGUAUGCGGACAAUGAGAUUAUGGAGUGUAUCCGCACACUCUUGAAUGCGCCUCGACCCAUCUUGGUCAAGGUUGGUACGGCACACACACGCUAUGUGUUGUUUGGAUAUCAUCAAACCUGGACCGUCAAUUACCGCGCGGCCAUGGAGCGGAGGAAGAAUGUGGAAGGGUGGAUGCCUGGAGAGCGGGCCGCCGCGGAGGACACGUCUGAUCCGCGGAACUGGAUUGUGCCUCGGAUGUGGAGGACCCUGGAGGGAGAGGUGGACGAAGCGAUCUAUGAGACGUGUCUGCAUGCAGUCCUUACACACAUUGCCGAGAAGCCUGGCGUCUCCAAGGGCACACUGUCAAAAUACUUUUUCAAGAUGUUUUUGGCGGUGGAAUUGGAUGAUUUGACAGAGGAGCUGGAGAGACGAGGGGCAAUUGAGCUCCAAUGGGGUAUCCUUCCUCAGCAGGUGUCGUUGUUCUCGAAGCGAGGAGUGUUCAGACGCUGUGAGCGAGAUACGAUCGACGAGUGCAAGGUGACGAGCUACUAUGCCAAGCCGGCGUAUUACAGUUACCUGGACAUGUCGCUUGUGGUGUCGAGCUCGAGCAGGGUGUUGCCCGGACCUGAUUUUGAGGGCAUUGAGGUGGAGGAAGAGGAGGAGGAGGAGGAGGAAGAAGAAGAAGAGGAGGAGGAGGGAGAGGAAGAGGAGGAAGGUGCCGGAGAGGGUGAAGGCGAGGAAGGUGGAGGAGAGGAGAAGGGCGCAGGCGAGGAGGCGGAGGAACAGCGGGCGGCCAAGAAGCAGCGGGUGGAGUGAAUGAGAUGAGAGAGUGUCCUUUGGGUGUACAGUAAAAAGCAACGGGGGACCCCGUUUGAAUCCAAUGUCGUCAGUGGAAUGGAAAAAAGAAAAAGAAAGGUCCCCGGACUUGUUCUGAAGUGUGAUUGUGCUCGUGCUAUUCUUUGUGGGCUGUGUGUCAAAGACCACCCACCGCCCCUUCGUCUUUUUUUUUUACUUCUUUUCUUUUCACCCCUCUCUCAUUCAUCCUCCCUCCCUCAUCCCAACUGUCCCCUACUACUCAGCAACCCACAACCCACAACCCACAACCCACAA